GCUGAAGUGAUCAUAUUUAAAAUUCUUUCCUACAUUCAUUCACGCUGUUUGGAGUUUAAACGUUAGUGCUACUUCCUUUAUGUAUUUGGUCAUGACUGGUUUUAUUUCUCAACAGUUGAAGACCAGCCUUUGGAGGUUUCCAAAGUAAAUGGUGCAUCUCCCUUGGAUGGACUGCAUGAAGUAACAUUCUGCAAAUUGCUGUCAGAGGUCCUAAGAGCACAAAUCCAUCUGGUUUCCAUUGCUCGUUGUUGAAUGGCGUUUGCUUCAGCAGCCCACUGAGGGCUCUUUUCCUCGGAAUUCUGAAUUUGUAACUAGGAAUCCGAGCUGGGAAGAUGCUGAGUUCCAUCAAGUGUGUGUUGGUGGGAGACUCUGCUGUGGGGAAAACCUCUCUGUUAGUGCGCUUCACCUCAGAGACCUUCCCAGAGGCCUACAAGCCCACAGUGUAUGAAAAUACAGGUGUAGACGUCUUCAUGGAUGGCAUCCAGAUCAGCCUGGGUCUCUGGGACACAGCUGGCAAUGAUGCCUUCAGGAGUAUCCGCCCUCUGUCCUACCAGCAGGCAGACGUGGUGCUGAUGUGCUACUCCGUGGCCAACCAUAACUCCUUCCUGAACCUGAAGAACAAGUGGAUUGGUGAAGUCAGGAGCAACCUGCCCUGCACCCCCGUGCUGGUGGUGGCCACCCAGACUGACCAGCGGGAGAUGGGGCCCCACAGGGCUUCCUGCGUCAACGCUAUAGAAGGAAAGAGACUGGCCCAGGAGGUGAGAGCCAAGGGCUACCUGGAGUGCUCAGCCCUCAGCAACCGGGGGGUACAGCAGGUAUUUGAGUGUGCCGUCCGGACUGCCAUCAACCAGGCCAGGAGACGCAACAGAAGGAGGUUUUUCUCUGUUAACGAGUGCAAGAUCCUCUAAACCCCAAAGACUCCACCCAGCAGUCACUUACCGCAAAGACUAACUGGGACAGGGAGAGCAGGCAAGCCAGCAAGCGUCGAUGCUUUUUCUGGGCACGUCCUAAGCAGCCUGAAGCAGCGUGAGCAGCAGCAGGAAACCUUUCGGAUACAGUUGUUGACGAGACUUGGCUACUGGAUGUUUUUAUGAAAUACACUCUAUCAAAGAACUCUUUGCCCAUUACAGUUAGAAGAUCCCUUGGGAAACUGUAAUGAAUAUUUCACCUUCGAUUUUAAAACCAAAGCGGUCUCCAUAAUUUUGGAUAAUGAAGUGAGUUUUCCAAAGAAUUCCAUAUUUAAAGACACAUUGUAUUUAAAUAAUAACAAAAUAAAUAGCACUGGUAUAUAAUUAGUUUUCACACUUGGGAAGUCUUUUCCUACCUACUGACAAACACAAAUUGAUGUAUGAGUGAAAUGACCUUAUAGGGCCCUGCCAUAUGUUUGUAGUGUCGGUAUUUUCGUCUGAAGUAGUAAUUUUGUUGAA